AUGAAUGCCAACCAAGCGACUAGUAACGUCGUGACUUUCAUACGUGGUGGAUGCUGUUGGUCGGUGUACCGAGCAAAAUGUUUAUCCCAUCGAGACAUGAGCAUUUUCUCACGAUCUCACCGAAAAACGCAUUUCUCAUCCAAAUUCUCUAAUUUGUGCUCCAAACUGCAUUUGCAGUUAAAGUGAAGAAGCGGAAGUACUUUUUACAAAACUUCUCUCAAGAAGAAAAAAAAUCCACAUCUCGUGCACAUAAAUCGUCUUCACAUUUAUCAGAAAGAAAAAAGAAGAAAGAACAUUUUUUCUCUCGUCGGGAUUCCUUUCAAGUGGUGCCUGGAUGAAAAUCUAAAGGACCUUCUUCUUUAAAAGAAAAAAAUAGAAAAUUCUGCUGCUGUGCUGAAUUUUUCUACAAGUGUGCAACCACUAAAUUAAUAAUUAAACAUAGUGCAAUGAACACACAUCUCCCUUUGAAUUCUCUCGUGAACUAAAGGGAAACUAAAGGGUGGUCCUUUGUAAAUUCAAACGAAAGGAUUCGUGAAAAAUUGCAAUUCGAGUUCGAUUUAAACAAAAAAAAAAUAAAACCCUAUCACGUCGUACGGGGUGAAUUGAAUCAGGAAAAACCAUUGUUCCGGUGAGGUGGCAGAGAGGAACCAACCCCCAAAGUCAUUGAUCCUUGGUACGUGCUUUCGGUUAUUUUGUCGCGGGUUGAAUGUGUGCCAGGGAUAGGAAAUCGAGACGGAAUCUCCUUGUGUGAGAAAAGGAAAAAUCGAUAGGGGUUGUGCAGUGAAUUCCCGGUACUUGCCCUCAAACGAAAAAAAAACACCAAAGCCACCCUCGGGGGGAUUGAGGAGCUGUCUUGGUGAAAAAUUGCGAGGUUUUUUUUUGCCAAUCUCUUCUUCUGUGUGAAACUACACCAAGAAGAAAAACUUCUUAUUCUCUCGCGCGACGACGUCUUUGGCUGAAUUUCUAAGAAGUGGACCUAAUUGGGGGUCAUUAAUUACAUUGGACUUGUACCGUAUUUUUGCUGAAGAGUUGAUAAGCAAAUUGGGUUGAGAUUGAAAGAGCUAAAUUCUUCAUUUAAAGCCCUUUGAAGCAAAAAAAAAUAAUUGCGCGGGAAAGUGUUUAACUAUAAGAAAUCCAGACCAGUGCUAAAAGCCCACGUGAAGAUCAGAGUCGAUGUCAUUGGCAUCCAUAUGUGUGUGGGUUUUGUAAUUAAGAAGAAAAGAAAUCUAAGAGUGGAGUGUUUGAAAGAAGAAGAAAUCAAAGUGAAGUAGCCGCGUUGGGAAGAAAAUUUGUAAAAAGACGAAAUUUCUUUAAAUUCAAAAUUUCUUUAAAAUUCAAGUGCAAGUGAAAAGGUCCAUCAAACCUCCUAAAAAGAAAGAAAGAUUUAAGCUUAAAGUGUUUUGUGCAAAGAAAAGGAAGCUGAGCUUUAGUAAUUGCCAACUUCUCAAUCAAUUUGUGCUCUCUUGUGUCCAACGAACCAUACAGUAUAAAGUGCUCCAAAGAAGUUAUAUAUAACCAUCAACUUUGCCGGUUUAACCAUUUGUGUGUGUAAAAGAUACAUACAGCAAAAUUUAACAGCACUUUUAAUCCCUCAAACCCCUGGGAGUUGGACAAUUAACUGCUUGGGACACUUAUUAAAAAAAAACCCAACAAAGAAUCCGGAUGCCGAAGGAGAUCUGACAAGUCCAGACGGUCAAAGUUGCUAUAUACUUCGGAUAAUCCGCCCUGAAAGUCGCUUCGAGGGAAGUUUUUUUCUUCUUCUCCUUCUGUGACUCUCCCGGAAAAGUUGGUAGGGUGUGUGCUGAGUAUAUGUGGGAAAAACUGUGUGAUGGUGAUAUUUUAUGUGUGUUGAGAAAGUAAAAUUCUUCGGAGUUUCCAUCAGGGAUUGUUCGCGUGCAAAUUGUGAUUAUAUCCCAGUGGGAGGACGAAGUAAAGACAUCGCGCAAAGGGAAGUUUAAUUAAUAUUGAAGAUCAUCCCCCAUUGAUUUGUCUCUCUACAUGCCCGAAUUGAAUUAAUUCCGAAGCCGAUAAAUAUUCAAUUUGUGCUUUGGGGUGUGUGGAAAAACUUUUUGGUUGGGGAUUUUUCUGAGGAUUGUUUGUUGUGUUGGAAGGAAAAACUAGUGACAAUGUUGGGGAAAAUGGUGUUACUUUUGGUGAUUGUGUGCCUCAGUGGGGCAUGGGGUGCUAAUUGGGAUCACGCUGUGGACUUCAAUGACAACUUCCGCCUCCUCUGGACAGUACGGGGUGCGGAAAUAACAAUGGAGGUUCAGGCAAAGACACACGGCUACAUUGGUGUUGGAUUUUCCGAAGAUGGAACGUUAUCUGGUGCUGACAUGGCCAUCGGAUGGAUCGACCAAGGACAGCCAUACUUUCAGGAUCGGCACGUGAAGAAAAACAGCGAUGGAGAACCUGUGGUGGAUCCCUCACAGGACUACGUACUCCUGCUUGGCUAUGAGAACGCCACACAUACCGUCCUACGAUUUCGACGGAAGCUCGAUACUUGCGAUACAUACCAUGACCUUCCAAUUACGAACGAUACAAUGAGGGUGAUUUUUAUGUAUCAUGAAGGUGAACCAAGAAGGGGUGCUGUAACACCGGGGAGCCUCCCUAAACCCCUGGAAGCCUACCGUGGCUAUCAAUCACUCUUCCUCACGCAGCGCGUGAGCCAGGAUUCAAUCAGACUGGACUUGAAAGUUCGAACAUUGGAGCUUCGAAAUCAAGAUGUGGAGCUACCACAGAACGAUGCUACUCUGUACUGGUGCAAGAUUUUUAAAUUAACCGACAUCAAUAAGAAGCACCAUUUAGUCAAGUACGAACCAGUAUUUGAAUCUACAGCCAGUCGACCGUAUAUGCAUCAUAUUGUCCUGUACGAAUGUCAAGGAUCCUCCAGUGAACUCGAGAUGCUGUCACGGGAACAAGGACGCCCUUGUUUCCAGCCGGACAAUCCGAGACAGUGCAAUGUUGUCGUCGCCACUUGGGCCAGAGGAUCAGAAGGUUUCACAUUUCCACAAGAAGUUGGGUACCCACUUGACAUUUACCAGGCGCGCUACUACAUGAUGGAAACUCACUAUCAUCACGCCAUGGAUGGGGUGGGUGUCAAUAUUAACUCACCACCCAUGGUGGACAAUUCUGGGCUUCGUCUGUACUACACACAAGCCCUCAGGAAGUACGAUGCCGGCGUUCUCUCUGUUGGAAUUGAUCCAAAUUGGCGUCACAUUAUUCCUCCGGGGCAGGAGAGGGUAAUCUCCGAGGGUCACUGCAUUGAGGAUUGCACAAAGGCCGCUUUCCCACCGUCGGGUAUCAAUGUCUUCGGUGUUAUGAUGCGAACGCAUCAGAUUGGAAAACAAGUGAGGCUGAGGCAAAUCCGUGGGCAUGAGGAGCUACCCCCGGUGGCGCAGGACAGCAAUACAGAUGCCAACUAUCAGGAAUUCCGUCGUUUGGCGGCACCUGUGAAGGCUCUACCGGGGGAUAGAUUGGUGGCUGAGUGCACGUAUGACAGCUCAACGAGGAAAGCCAUAACACUGGGUGGGAAGACAACGCGGGAGGAGACCUGCCUUGUUCUAGCACUCUACUACCCACGCCAGAAGGAGCUAACAGUGUGCCAUUCCCUCCCAAGCCUUCCCACCGUCCUACAUUCACUGGGCAUCGAGGAAUUAGCUGUCAACUCCAAUCCCGUCUUGAUUCUCCUUCCGGCAGAAUUGGCCGGUAUGACGCUUGAAUCGCGACUUGUGACCUACGACUGGGCAAAUCAAUUUGAUAGCUUUCAGCGAAUAACGCGUCGUGGAUCCUUCAAGCCACUCUGCUGGGGUGCCAAGAAUACAUUAAUUCCGGGCACGGAGUACAUUGAGGCACAUAGUCCGAAUUUAACCAAAGUGUGGCAUCCGCCACUCACGUGUAGCACAAAGACGCGCUUCGUGACGCAAAAUAACUUGGACAUUCCCGUCCUGGAGGAGGAUGAGAGCAACAACAUCAUCGAAGGUGCAGCAAGGAGUAAAGUGUCACGAAGUUCCGCCACGGAAACGAUGGGCCUCAGCAAUGCCACGAAUCUUAGGCACUUCCUGGCACUCCUGCCUGUGGCUCUUCUACCCCUCUUCUCCACAAACUUUCUUGCACCUUAAGUUUGCGGAUGUGUGCUCGGGAAGUUGGCAGAAGCUGAUAAUCUGUGUGUGUUUGUGUAAAUAAAAUGUGUAGUUGUUGAUUCUUCUUAUAGACCCUCCCCUCGCCGAAAGGUCACAGUGUCAAUUUUAAAUUGAACUCUGAACCAAAUUUACGCGGGAAUGGGGGUGUGUGUAUAGCCCAAUUGAGAAGCCAAGAAUGUGGUCUGUUGAGGAAUAAUAAAAAUAAAACCCAAUAUGUGAUUAUUCAAGGGGGUUUUGGCAAAGAUUUGAAAAAUAAAAUAUGAAAAGAAAGUAAAGAAAAAACCCUUUGAAUCCCAUAAACAUAAGGAAUGAUAUAAAUUGAGAAAUCAUAAGAGGAAGAAUUGUAAAUAUUAAAUUAUCCAAGGCAUUUUUAUGUAAAAAAAAAGAAGAAAAAAAAACUAAAAAGGAUCUGAGAAAAAAUGAUAGAAAAUAGAAGGGGGUUUAAAAAAUAAAUUGGGGUAGUUUUUCAUAAUAAAAAAAAAAUUCAAAUAGUUUCUAUUUUAAUUAAAAAUCUGUACAGAGACGGUUAAUCAAUAUUUUUUUGAUUUCUCCUAGUCAGACGAGAAUGGAGGGCUUAUUUAGCAUUUUUUUUGUCUUAAGAACCUUAAAAAAUCUAAUCAAAGUUUUAAAUGCUAGUUUGUUACAAUAUUAUCAAGUUUUUUUUCAUUUAUUGUAAACAAAUCUUCGUUUGUAAACUGUACUAAAUAAAUAAACAAUGCUGUAGCAGUAGAAGUUAUAUAUUUUUUGAGACUCUAUUAAUUUUGUAAAAAAAAGGAUAAAGUAUCGUUUGUGUAGAGAAUCGUCCUGAAAUACAUCACUCUCUCUCUCACGUGUAAUAAAUGUAAGUACAUUAGUUUUGUAAGAAAGGGGUUUUUGUAAAAUGCAGAGAGAAUGCAGUGGAAUGCGAAUAAAUGGCAUUUGUAGGAGCACAUUGUAGAUAGAGGGGAUGACAUCCUACGUAGUAAAAGUAAAAGAAUGUAAUUAAUAGCGAUAUCCCAUCUGAUUAGCUGAAGAAUUAAUGUUAAGAACCAUCAUUCAUUCUCCUUUUCCAUCUCACAAGAAUCUCUCCACAUCCUCCACAAACUUAACUCUUCGCAAAUCCCCCAUUUUCACAUCCACGACAACUUUAUUCCGAAAGCACCACCACCACCAUCGUCGCCUCUUGAAGGACCAAAUAGCUCAAAGGAAAAAACUCUUUUAUCUUCACAAUAAUAAGUAAAUAUUCUCUCAUUUUCUUCUUUAAUAUCCUUUCAAAUUUAAAAAAAAAAUGCGGAAGCCCUAGCUGCUGAAUGGACUAUUUUUUCUUAUACACAUAUACUGGGUACAAGGGGCAUUUAACUGCUUUAUUUUUGUAUCAGAUUCUUAAAAUAUUUAUUUAAAAAAAUGUAUAAAAUAUUCCAUUUAAUUAUGAAUUCUUCUAUAAAAAUAUUUUGGACAAUUAAAUGAAGAAAUAAUUUUUAAAAAAUCCAAUCAUUCAAGUAGACAGACAACGGUGUCGAAAGCUCUGGAAAAAAUUACAAGGACAUUUAAACUCUUUCACCGUUGAUUAAUGUAUCCACAGAAUGUCUGAGCAACAUAAUUUUCUCAAUCUUAUACGUAAAACUUGAAUUUUCUUUCAAUUUUUAGUAAAGAUAUAAAAGUUUUUGAAUAAAAAAAUUCUUCUAUAGAUCACAAUGGAGGCGCCUGGUAGACAUCGGGAGACUUCAUACUGAGUAAGUUUUAAAAAUUAUUUUCACAACACUUUGCUGGAAAAGUUGCGAUCCUCAAUACAUAAAAUUUUCUUUUAUACAUAUAAAUGAAAAUAAAAUAAUUAAAAAAUAUAUAUCAAAUUUUUAAGCAGUUAAACACCCUUUGACCCACUCAGAGGGCUUUUUAUCCAUCGAUAAAAGGGGCACUUCGAAUGGCAAUUUCCUGUGAAAUUUCCAUCGGAAACCUCUAAUUAUGUGGUCGGCAGUUAGAUCGCAGCUGUCAAUUGGUGGGACAUCCCUCUGGGGUCGCUGAUUGCAUUUUCACCUCCAGAACCCAACCACAUCAUUUUUUAUUUCUCACAAAGAACACAAAUUGACACUUUCCAAUUUGAAUAUUAGUUGACACAGUGAAGUUGAAAGUUGUUCUAUUCAUUGGAAUUGAGAGACUUUUUCUUUUAUUUUUCCGCAAUAGUUUUCGUUGAAAAAAUAACACGAAAAGAUUUUUUUUUUGUAAAAUCAUUUCUAAAUACUUCUCGGAUAAAUAUUUCUAUAUUUAUUUGAUCAAAAUACAGAAUAGAAAUAAAAUUUGAAAAAUAUAUAACCUAAAAAAUAUAUAUUUUAUUUUAUUUCAAAAAAUACAAAUAUUUCAAGCAAUGAAUAAACAACAUAUUGACUGUUUGCUCUUCUUAAAAAAAAUGGAACAACUUUGCAUUGCAAUUCAUUGAAAAAACUCUCAAUUUUUUUCAGCACCUCCCUGAUUGUCCUUUUCAUCGCAAACGUCGUGCUUUUUAAUCAAAUCCUUCCCGAAAAAAAAAAUCUCAAUUUUUUACUUGCUCAAUGUUAACAAGAAAUUAAUUUUUGUCAUGCAGAUUUUUUCCACAAUGCAACCCCCACACUUUGAACUUUCCACCCCCUUGCGCAACCCCCAUUUUGACGUGCUUCAAAAUGUACAAAGUUUCUUCUGAAGGAAAAAUAAUAAAAGAACCCCCCGAGAAAAACUUCUAAUAUGUGUUGCCUCCAUUAAAGGUUUUUUUUUUUGCUUCUGUAUAAAAAGGAAAUGUUAAAUUAUAAUAGAGGACAUAGCAGAAAUAAAAAAUUAAAUCACUCUGUGCAAUAUCAAUCGCGUGUAUUAAUGCAAUAAUUAAUUUUAUAGUCGCAAACGAUGAAAGGGGAUUAAAAACCAAGGGAAGGAGUUUGUAGGUAAAUGCGUGAAAACAAGAGUUUUUACUUCUCGACACAGAAACAUGUAAAACAAUUUUCAAAUUGUGUAGGCACAAUCAAUGGAAAAAAUCACAUUCACAGCAUAAAAAUAGAAUUUAAAAAAAUUAUAUAAGCAAGUUAUUUAUUAAGAGAAAAACUAAAGAAAAACAAGUCAAGUGAAAAAAAUGUCAAAAUAAAUAGUAUUUGGUGUAAAUGAAAAAAAAAGAAAUAAAAUAGUAAAUCCUGAGAAAAAAAAUUAAUCAGUGUCAUGUUGCAGAAAGAGGUCUAAAAUACAAUUCAUCCUGUUAGGAUUAAAGAAAAAUUAAGAAGAAAAAUUUAGAAAUAGUAUGUAUUUUAAGCAAAAAAAAAAUGUCAGUGUAUGUCGUGUCAAAAGAAUCCAAAAAAAAUUAAUCUGAUGGAACCCACAUGAAAAUUUAAGAUAUAAAAAAAAGAAAAUGAAGAAAGAUGUAGUUUCGAUCAAUCUUGCAUGGUGGAGAAUUUUUUCUUUUACGAAAAAGAUGAGAUGGAAGAAUAAAAUCUUCUAUUUAGGGAAUUUUCGUCCAUCUAAUACAAUAUUUUCACUUAAAAAAAACUUAUUUUUCAUCACAAAAGAUUUACAAAGUUUAAUAAAAUUAAAAUCAUUGUGUUUUCGUACAUAGUAAAUUGUUUUUCAAAAUUCAGUGCUGCAUUCAGAGAUGGCGCGCAUUAAAUACAACCUCUCACACAUUGCACAAAGUAACUUUACAAUUUUUUUUUUAUAGAAAAUCCUCCCACAAAAAAAAAUCCCUCCCACUCAUCUUUUUUCAAAAAAAUAAAAAUAAAAAAGAGACUUUGGAAAAGCAAUAAAGUGAGAGAUAAAAAAAAUCUGUUAAAAUUUUUGGACAAUUUGCAAUUGAAAAGUAAGGAAUUUUUGGAAUGACAAAACGACAAGAAAUUGUGAUAAAUAAAAAUUCGGAGGUGAGAUUGUAUAGAGCAAGAUGAUCAUGCGUUGUAAACCAAUCACACGUAGACGGGUUUGCUGUCUUUGGAUUUAUUAAAAAAAAAUUAAAUAAAAAAAAAUCCAACAGCAACCACCAACUCCCUCUAUUGACGAAAUUAUACGUAAAAAAAUGGUAAAUUUGCUUUCUUCUUAAUCCCAAUUUUAAGGACAUGUCCAAAUUGACGACCUUUUCAAUAAGUUUGGUGCUACAAAAUUUAUAUUAAAAAGAAAAGAACUAAUAAAUUAAAGACCAUGACAGAAUCCUAAGGAAAUUUCUGUUUAAUCGUAUGGUGAAAUUUUAGAAAUAAAUAGAAAGUAAAUUUAAGAAAAAAAAACAUGUCAAAGUAGAUGUCUCAGAUAAUAUGAAGAGGUUGGCAGUAAAAGCGUAGGAUUUGUAAAAAAUAAAAUAAAAAAUUAAAUGCAACAUUUUUUGUGAAAAUGAAGAAAAAAAAAACUUAGGUACUAUAGAGAUGUGAAGGGAUGAACAAGAAAAGAGAAAGAAAAAGAAAAUUCGAAAAAUAUUCCAGACACAAACCAUAUUUUUAACAAAUUGUUUUAUAGCAUUUUGGCUGUAAAAUGUGUGAGUUUAAAAUUAUUUUUAAAUACCUAAUACCUAAUAAUUAUUUUAAAUUAUUUUAAUUAUUUUAAUUGGAUGGGUUCUGUCUGACUUAAAAAAUUAUAUUGAAUCAGAAAUUUUUAGCAGACAAUCCUUCUUCAGUGUGGUCAGUUUAAGGAAAAAUUAAAGAACAGAUACAAAUUUUGAAUAAAAAAAAGAAUUUCAAGGAAUAUGCGUCUUAUUGUUAGAAAAAGUCAAUCAUAACGCGUCCAGUUAUAAGAGUUGGUGUCCCACAACGUGUAGAAGUUUGUUUAUGCGUUGUAGUGCGAUUUGUGAGCAGAAUUAGUAGGCAAAGUUGAUUUUUUUUGUGAAAUUCAGCAAUUUGAUGGAUAAAAAUGGUCAUAUCUCUGGUUCUAUAAGACCUACAGAAAUUUAUUGACCAGUUUUGGAAAGGUCUUGAAAUAAACUAUAAUCUGACAUAUAUUUCGAUACAUUUCAAGGUGACCUCUAGAACACAAAAUGGCGGCUAUUUGUUUUACUGAAACAGUUUUUGGCAUUUUUUGCCCUAAAAGAAUGGUUUUACAGGGUUCUAAUGUUCUAGAAAGUUGUAGGGAAUUGCAAAACCUUUAAUUUGAUACCAAGUUCAGAAAAAUCGGACAAGCCGUUCAAGAGAUAUGGCUAUUAGAACUUUUCAAAUUCAAGAAUUUUUCAAAUGGCUAUAUCUUCUAAACGGUGACAUAGAUUUUCUUCAUUUUUGGACUGGUGCAAGAUUAUUAGUCCUGCUACAACAUAUCAAAAUUUAAAAGAUUUGCCUAAUGGGGAUUCGGAGAUAUUGCCCCUUAAAGUUAGGCAAUUUUUGUUUUUGAUUUUAGCGCCUCUUGUGGAUGUUUUUAGAACUUGAAAUGUUCUAGACAGUUGUAGGGCUUCUCGAAACCUUUCAUUUGAUACCAAGAUGGUCAAAAUCUGUCAAGCCGUUCUCGAGUUAUAUCGAAAAAACACUUUUUGCUUUGGGCCGCCAUAUUUGCUAAACCGCUUGACCGAUUUUCAAGUAUGAAUUAUUGAUAAAAAUGUCUCACUGAGCUCUACAACAUACUAAAAUUUCAGACCUCUAGCGGUAAGGGAAGUGGUUGAUGGUAGUUCAAAAUGGCGGACGGCGGCCAUUUUGAAUUUUGAAAAUGUGAAAAAAUUAAAUUUUACACCCACAUUUCUAUAGAAAACUUCAAACCGGAAGUCUCUAUCUUCUACCAUUCUCGAGUUAUAAGACAAAGUAUGGACCACCGGCAGGCCGGCAGGCCGGCAGGCCGGCCGGAUCAAAAAUUUUCCACCACCAGUUUUGGAAUGUAGGCUGUCUGAAACGUGCUCAUACCAAGUUUGAGCCCGAUCUGAGGUGGUCGGAAAAUCCGACGAUUACAAUACUUGGUGUUGGCCACGAAGUGGAACACCAACUAAUAUAACCAAUACACACAUCAAAAAAACAUUUUUAACUAAUGGUUUGUUUUUGGAAUAUUUUGAAUUUUCCAAUGUGUGGAAAAUGAAGAGAAAAAAAUGCCAAUUUUGUAAAAUUCUCAAGCAGACGUGUAAAUAAAUGUCUGUAUUGGGACAUUUCAGGACGACAGUGUAAUUUGUACAGUGUAGAUAAAAGAAAAAAAAAGUGAAAGAAAACUGCAACCUAGAUAAUACGAAAAAAAUGAUGAUAAAGAAAAACCCAUAAAGUAACGAGAAAGAAGAACUCUCAUGUAAAACAUUUUAUAAAUAAAGUUGAAUAAUAGUGAAA